AUGGUGCAGCGUUCUCUGGCGCGGCUGUGCGUCGCGGCGCAGAGGCAGGGCAGCAAGGCGCUCGCGGUGGAGGGUCGCUCCUUCGCCUUAGUAAGCCGCGAGGUCACCGCCAUCAAGGAGCACAUUCAGUCACUCGUGACCAACACGAACAACGAGGUGCUGGACCAUGCCGGCAAGUAUGUGCUGGCUGCCGGCGGCAAGCUGAUGCGUCCGGCGCUGGUGGUGCUCAUGGCACAUGCGAUGCUGCCGCUCGACGUGAGUGCACGUCUCCUCGAGGAGCCGAUCGGGCCGCUGGACGAGGUGACGCCGGGCACCAUCCUGCCAUUCUUACGGCUGGCGGAGGUCACGGAGCUCAUCCAUACAGCUUCGCUGGUGCAUGACGACGUCAUCGACAAGACCGACACGCGUCGCGGACGCCCCGCAUUACACAAAGUCUACGACACAAAGCGUGCCGUGCUCGCCGGUGACUACAUACUGGCCCGCGCGUCCUUCUACAUUGCCACGCUGCAGGUGCCACGCAUCGUCAUUCUCAUGACGACCGCGCUGGAGGAACUGACAUCUGGUGAGCUUAUUCAGAUGGACGGCUGCUUCGACAUCCCGCGCUAUGAGCAGAAAAGCUUCUGCAAGACGGCGUCGCUCAUCGCCAACUCGCUCGCCUCCACGGCGGUGCUGGCGGACCCGGGCAAUGAAGCGCUGGAGCAGACGGCCUUCGACUUUGGCAAGCACCUUGGCAUCGCCUUCCAGAUCCUCGACGACUGCCUUGACAUCACCGGCGACGAGAAGAUGCUGGGGAAGCCGAAGCUGGUGGACAUGAAGGAGGGCAUCGCGACGAUUCCGGUGCUUCUCGUGGCGCAGCGCAACGCGACGGUGAAGGAGAUGGUGUGCCGCCGCUUCGCUGAGCCGGGCGACGCGAAGUUCUGCCUGGAGGCAGUGGAAAAGGAAGGUGCGGUGGCCGAGGCCAUGCACCGCGCGGACGAGCACUGCCGGCUUGGGUUGGAGUCGCUGCACAAGUUGCACCCCUCGCCCGCGCGCGACGCACUUGAGAGCGCGCUGUCGAUGGUGAUGAACCGCAAGUCGUGA